AUGGUUAACCCACAUGAGAAAAUCGCCUCAUUAUCUGAGACUUUGCCCCUGAAGAGCAAUGAGGACGUGGAAGACUUUGAAGAUGCGAAUACGCCGUCGAGUUGCGGGUGCUUCGAGAAGCUGUGCUUUGGAUGGAGCGCGAAAAGAGACGGGUCCGUGGAUAGUCUGCCAGCACAUCAACCGGAAGAAGCAAGAGAGACUUGGUUCAUGCGAAACUCGAAGAAGGUCCAGCAUGUCUCGGAGGUUUUGGCGGGGCCGAAGUGGAAGAACUUCAUCAGGAGGUCCGGUUCGAGAGGGGUUGGUAAGAAGAAGAGGACCCAGUUUCAGUACGACCCGCAUAGCUACGCGCUCAAUUUCGACGAUGGGCUCAAAAGAGAAGAAAGCUUGCAUCCUGGAUUUUGA